AUGUUGACCAAGGUUUGUUUCUGUUGUUGCAAAGAGUCCGAGUCUUUUGACAUCAAUGACAAUUCCACAAUCAUAAAGGAUGUUGUCGUCAAACAGCCCAAUGGUUUAGGAGAUUUGAAAAUUGUAGUGACAGACUCAGACACAGUUUCGCAGACGGAAUCUGCUCGGGAAGAGCCCAAGAAGGCUGAAAAUGAAGAUGAAGUCAAGGAUAAAAGUACUGCUAUAGACUCAACGGUGAAAAAUAUAGAGCCAUUGUUUUGUAUGGCCAGUGAAGUUGUUAUAGAAAACGAAGAAUCGGUCGCCUCAAUCCACAGUUCAGAAAGCCAUAUAGAGUUUCAAUAUGCCAGUAAUACGAUGGUUCACACUGAAAAACACCAAAACAACCAUCUUGUGACGGUUGAUGUUCAUAAAAGUGACGAUGAUGAUAAAGAAAGCGACAUAACAGAAGAAGAAACCGUUAGAAUAGAAAAUACAUCUGAAAGAGAACUAACACCAGAACCUACUUUCACAGAACCGAUCCAGGCCAAUCCAAAAGACAUCAUAAAAUCUGAAGCAAAAGAAAUCGAAGACCAUGAAUAUGAAGAUAUAUACAGUGUUAAAGGAAGAGAUUCAGGAUCCCAUUCAAGAUCCGGUUCACUCAGCUCUGCAUCGAGUCAUGUUGUAAUCAGCGACUCUCCUGAAUCUGGAGUUUCAAGUCCGUCACCGUCAGAACUUGGAAAAUCGGAAAGUGAAGAAAAUGAAAAAUCAAAAUUAGAACAGAGACACUCAUUGCCACAUCAAACUCAAAACAACCGGACAUUAAAAAGAGUGGUUUCGGUCCCGACCAACAUGUGCCCUCCACCUCCACCACCCCCGCCUCCAGAAGACAUUCCUUCGCUACCAUCGACUCCAGCAAGCUCUCCCCACAUCUCUUUAGCUCCAGUAAAUUCAUCUCCAUUGCCACAGAGAGAAGAAGAGCGACCGCCUCAACAGAACAGCGAUGGAAGCGGCCCACAGCUGGGACACCUGGUCAACAAGCAGAUGGUGCUGCCCUUCAUCCCGCCCAAGUUCCCUUCGCCUCUGGACCCGGAGGGCCUCAUCAAGCCGUCGGAGUACCUCAGGAGCCUGCAGGCGGCGCCCCCCCAGGACGAGCCGUCGCCCCCCGCCCCCCCGCUGCCCCCGCCACCCCCGGCCCAGCCCCUCUCCACCAUCACCAUCCAGGACAUCGCCAGUGUGCAGCUCCGCAGGACCAAGGCGGCCAAGACCAUGUCCUGUCCUCCACAGUCCUUAGCUGGUACAGACACUCCAUUCCUAGCACAGAAAGAAGACCUCAUCGCUGAACUGAAAAUGUCGAAAGAUAUUUCGGGCAUCAAGAAGCUCAAAGUGGAGAGGACCAAGCAGGAGGAGAAGGUAGGCAAAGAGAUCGCCACGGAGAUUUCCAAGCAGUUCAGUGUCGACCAUUUUGUCGAAAAGAUGCCUGACAAAGACGCAGCAGGCAACCCGAUCCCUCCAUGGAAGAGGCAGAUGCUAGCGAAGAAGGCAGCAGAGAAAGCUCGGAAGGAGAUGGAGGAGCAGCUGGCGAAGGAGGCAGAGGCGAGAAGGCUGCAAGCCAUUCCAGCCUGGAAGAGGCACCUGCUUCAAAAGAAAGGUCCUGUUCCAAAUGGUACCGAGGAUAGCAAGCCUUCACCUGCUAAAGAACUACCAGAAAACAAAGAGAACAACAUUCCACCAGAAAAGCCGUUGGUGAAAUCACCUGAGAAGGUUGUGGUAAAGCAGCCAGAGAAAACUGUGGUGAAACCUCCAGAAAAGAAGGAGGAAGAGAGAGAGGUGAUCAUCCCGUGGAGGGCCCAGCUGAGGAAGACCAAUAGUACUUUAAACCUUUUAGAAUAG